UCUCUCUCUUUUUUUCUUAUGAAAUUACUUAAUUACUUUAUAAGUCGAUUUCUUAUCUCCGCGCAUGCUUCACGUAUGUCUUUCAUUCACAUCCCCCUCUCAUUUCUUCAUGCCUUUCCUUUUUUGCCUUUCACCCAGACAAUUUAUAUUCAAGGCAAAAAUUCUCGCGCAGCUUCACGUUAAUAAAUAAAAUAUUAAUUUGCCCUCUUUCCCUUUCAUUUUUUAUUAUUUUUGUUUUCCUCCCCUUUAAACAUUUGCGCUAUUGGCACAUUCCAUCAAUAUAUUAUUUUCUACUAGUCUCCAUCCCUCCCUUCCUUUCAUCAUUCCCUCCUUUUCACAGUCAUUUAUAUCCUUCUAAUAGUAUUAUUCUCCCCCUUUCUUCCUCUACGUUGGCCGACUCUCGACUCGAUGCCUCCAUUUAAUUAAGGUUUGUGCCCCCCCCCCAUCUUUCCUUUUUUUGCCGCUUUGCGCCAUCCUGUCAUUUACCCUCCAAAAAGCUGUCAGACUCGCUCACUUUCACAUAAAACCUUAGAGAAAUAUCCGGCAGCUUACAACUUUUUUUUCUUCCUUUUUCCAUAAAUUCCUUUUUAGGAUUUUAUUCCAUUUCCCCUUUUAUUUUUAAACAAUUGCGCAUUGUUUUGGCUUUAAGGCCCUAUGGAAAAAUAAAUUUAAUAAUAAUGAAAAUGAAGUCACUCAGAAAAAAA